AUGGGAGCUCUCCGCACUGUCGUCCUGGUCAUCCUCGGCAUCUCAUCUCUGACAUUCGUCGCUCUUUUUGGCCGACUUCCUGUCUUUAGAAAAACCCCGAUUGCUUUUUUCCACCGGCUGUUAUGGGUAUAUAUUCCGAAUGGAAUCGUGUUUAUAGACGCACAUCUCCUUGGUGGGCGGCUGAUAUGGAUUUGGGACCGCUCUGGCCGUUACGUCUUGCACGAGAAUCAUCCUUUGGUUCUGAUCUUUUUCCUGGGCUUACUUGCCAUAGGCGAGUUCUUCUUUCUGCCAACGGCAUGGCCUCGAAUGUCAAGUACCCAUAAAUUCGUGGUCCCAGGGGCUGUCAUCCUGCCAUACGUCCUCAUUUACAAGUGUGUGGUGACGAAGUCUUUCGUCACGUCAAAGAAUCAUGAAGAGGAGAUGAAACGGUAUCCCUAUGACUGUGCCAUCUUCUACCCGGGACAUCGUUGCAGCUCUUGCCUCUUUCUGAAACCAGCACGCAGUAAGCACUGCAAUAUAUGCCAAGCCUGUGUGUCUCGUCACGAUCAUCAUUGUGUCUGGUUAAUGAACUGCGUCGGGGCCAACAACUAUGUUUACUUCCUGUCGCUGCUGCUCUCACUUACGAUCCUACUGACAUACGGUACCUUGCUUGGAUAUUCACUGUUGAGCCAAACCCUGCAAGAAAUCGUCCCACCAGAGUAUCAGGCAGCUAUGAAAGGCUGGACGAUGUAUUUCAACAUCUGGGCCAUUGUCAUUACGGCCGAUUCUAAGAUCGGCACUGUUACUCUGCUGAUGUUAAUGACUGCUCCACUCGCAGCGGCUUUCUUGGUCUACCAUACCUAUUUGAUCUGGGCGGGAAUGACAACAAAUGAGAGCUCGAAGUGGUCUGGUUGGAAAUGUGACGUGGAAGAUGAAUUUGCCUUUAAGGCCGAACGGAGUCAGAUCCCUGGGGCGCCCCGAAACCCGGAUCUCGCAGAGCAACCGUGGCCGAUUGACAGGAAUCAAAUUCUUGGCUAUAUCUUGGAACUGGACUCCAAUGAUAUUUAUUAUCCGGGCUCCGAUCACAGAGUACCUGACUCUAACAGGAAUCUUCCGAAUUCACCGUGGAAACCUACCUCCAUGGCCAGUAUCCAAAACAUCUACGAUCUGGGAUUCUGGGACAAUCUUAGAGAUUCUGUUGGACUAUCGAACCGCAAGAACCGCAAUUUUGUCCUCCGCCAAAUCUCAUUUCAUCCCACCGUGAGUGAGUUCCUGCUCAGCAUUUGUUUCGGCGAUCCCUUCAUUGGCAAAAUGGCGGAUACAAAGCCAUUAUGCACUCCCGCCGAGCUCAUGCUCAAGGUCGUCCUGGCCGGGACCAUCAGCCACUACGAGACCCGCGGCAUGAUCGAUGACAAACGUCUGGAGCACAUGCUGGCUGCUGGAAAGCAAAUUCUCUAUAAGACACACCAGGAAAGUGAAGUUCGACACAACCUAGGCAUGUCACCCGAUAUAUGGCAAGGCCUCACCGAUGUCCUCACCAAAGCGAUCCCGGUCCUCGAAUCGCAGUCAUUUGCGUGGAAGAGUCCGGCAGCAACAUAUGAGCACUCUUCUUCGAACCUUAUUGCAUACAACUACUUCUCGCUGGUGAAAGAUAUCGAGCGCCUCAACGAUCUGUGUACGAUUGCGCGGAACCUGCUUGCAACAACGAAGAAGGCGCAAAACUUGGCUGCCGAGAAGGGCUUUGACCAGCGGAUUCUCGCAUUGAUUGAUACGUGUGUGCGGGUCACAGCAAGAGGAUUUGAUGGUGAGACGAAUGCGCGGAAUGAAGAGCGCUGGCAGAAAGUCGUCAACCUCUAUAAACGACUCCUCAUCACCUGCCUGCAGUACCUUCAUAACUUCAUCAUGCACAACGAGCAGCGAAAAAUGGUUCUUUGGCUCGACCUGUUCGGUUACCAUUCGACGGCCGACACAAACAUCAUCAAGCCUAAAGAGCCAUUGGACCAAACCGCGAGGUCAGAGGGCGUUGCGCCCAUUGUCAAGGUCGGAGAACGUGUUAUUAACCCCCCGAUUCGGGCUCUUUAUGACCAGACCGCGGAAGAUCUUCUGCUGGAGACCAUCGCUAAAUUCCCGCGGGAACCUUCCACGAUCAAAGAAGAAGCUGCGAUGCUGCUUCUAGCAAACAUCAAAGAUCAUAUGGAGAAGAUCCUUGGCAAGGACUUGACAGAUAUUCAGGAGAUGGGCAGGGACCCGGAGCAGAUACAAUACAUUCGUCGUGCGUUGACAACGAUACUGGGUGCCAAGGUUGAUGGGUGGUCCGAUCUUCAAGACCGUGCCCGAGAACUUCCGCCUGCCCUCCCAGAAGAAGACGAGCAUGAGCCUACUAAAAAGAAAACAAUUCUUACCAUUGACCGUAGCAUGACUGCCGGCUUCCCCCGCCUGUGCUGGGCUGACCUUCCCGACGUCAAUGAUUAUGCGGUGGAUGCACCUGUGACAGAGGAGGACACGAGUAUGCCCCGAUCAGCUCACUCUGCUGCUGAAACUUUGCAAGAGGCCAAGGAUGGGUUGAUGCGCCGCCUACAAGAGGCGUCUCAGGUCGGUGAUGCCGAUGCAGAUUAUGACACUGGUGAUGCAGGAACGGUGGGCGACGAGGACUCACACAGUCUUGAAGGCCAUGCGGAUGGAAGUAUCGAAGGAGACGAAGACGAAUAUAGUGAAGAUGUCGACCGAGAUGACGAUGGUGGCGACAUUGACGAUGAGGAAGAUGACGAUGACUACCGGGGUCGCCCGGGCGAUCAACAGCGUGGGCUACUUACCGAUAUUCCCCUUGUUUUGGGACCGGCAGAGAUUGAAGCACUGCCGAUGAUCGUUCAAGCAGGUAUCGUCGACAGCUUUGGGCUCAAGGGCGGGGAGCGCAAUGGCUCCAGGAACAUGCAAGCACUACGGUGCCACAUACUUCUAACGCAGGAGACUGGCCGCAACCUUCUGCGCGAGCUGCUGAUAUUCAUUGCGGCCUGGGAUCUCCCUGAUGACGAACUAUACUUCAAGAUGAUGGUUCAAAUCAUGGAAGCUGUUCUUAAGAAUGGCCUGAUGUCGCAUGCCUAUACAGACUUUGGCCAACCUAAGGACAUCAUCUCUCCAGCCCAGGCAGUAGUGAUCAAGAUCCUGACCCACAUUUUCCGUGCCAAAUACUCCCCGGCUUCGGUGACGGGCUCUUCUCAGGCCAGUGUCCCGCGGAUCCCGGCCCCGCUCAGCCGCGUGGAUAUUCUCACAGUCCGAUAUAUUUUUACCGUCUUUCGUGAUAACAUCAUCCCGGAGACCUGUGCUUUGAUCUACCUACAAGGCCAAAUUCGCGCCGAGCGCGCCCUGCCCGAAGACUUCCCGCUCAAUCUAUGGGAUAUGGAAAGAGUCUACGAGGGAGUUUAUCAGUUCUUGGAAUUCUUCGCCGUCCUUACCGAGAACAACGACUGGAAGAACCUGCUGGUCAAGUGGGAGAUCGUCUAUGACCUGGUCACUCUGAUUAAGGAGCUGGAAGCCAACAUCCCCAAAGGCCAAUUUAACCAGAUGUCUUUCGGCUCUGUUCCUCCACCCCCACCUCCGCCGCGCAGCACUUCACCCGACGAUAGCUCCAAGCCCUCUUCUCCCGUCCCUGUGGCCGUCGAGAGACCUUACGACCCAAGCGAUCCUGAUCCUCUCGAACACGGUACCGGCAGCGUGGAUUCCCGCCCAGAGUCUCCACCGAUCACCGAGGAUCCGUCUGAAUUUGAGUGGCGUAACCUCAAAAAGUUGGUAGUUCUGGUGCUUUCAUCGCUGGUGUGGAAGUCCUUUGAAGUCCAAGAGCAGAUCCGUGGAUACGGUGGUCUUGAGGCCAUUCUCCGUUGCACUAACUUUGAUGCCCACAAUCCUUACAUCAAAGAGCAUGCCGUUAUGUGCCUCAAGUUCUUGCUAGAAGGAAACAAAAUCAAUCAGGACUUGAUUGAAGAACUUCAACCGAAGGAGGUUGCCAGGGAUGAAAGUGGUAUCUUGGAGAAGAGUGGCUAUGAGGCUAUGAUUGACCAGGCUGGCAAACUUGCUAUUCGGCCCAAGGAGUCACAGUAA